AUGGCUACUUGUCAUGUUCGCUCUAUCAGCUUGCCCUCAAAUUCUCACCCUCUAAAUGUUAGUGUUGAAGAUCAAUUAGACAGGUUGAGAUCAUCAGAAACAACUUCCGCUUCUGUUUACAAAAAAUUGAGUGGCCUCAAAGUUCUGUAUGAGCGCGUUGAUGAUUUUCUUCAGUUGCCUCUAUCCCAUCAAACCCUCUCCAAAGAACAGCACAAAGAAGGAGCAGAAGAGGUGUUGAAUGGAUCUUUUCUCUUGUUGGAUGCGUGCAGCACAACCAUCGAUGGUUUUUCAUCAAUGAAGAAAUGCUUGCAAGAACUUGAAUCAUCCCUCAGAAGGAGAAAGGGUGGAGAUUCUGGCUUCGUAAGUGAUGUUGAAGCAUAUUUGCUGUCUAGGAAACAAUUACAUAAAACAAUCGGCAAAUGCUUCAAAAAUUUGAAGAGCAUGGAGAAGAACUGCACUUCAGCAGUCGAUGCAGUCAGCAUGCUAAGAGAAGUUAAAGAAAUCAGCCUUGAAACUUUCCAAUCUCUCUUGUCCUUGGUUUCUCAGCCAAAGGCAAGAUCAAGCUCCCAUGGCUGGGCUGUCGUUUCAAGAUUAUUUCAAUCCAAACAUAAAUCAUGCGAAGGUGAAUCCACUGAAUUGGAAAAGAUAGAUGCUGAAUUGCUUGCCCUGAAGUCAAGCAAAGACAUCAAUCCUGUACAAGUGCAAAACGUAUUGAAAGGACUGGAGGCAUUAAAGUCAAACAUUCAGGAAGCAGAGGAGGAGUUGGAGGCUGUUUACAGGAAAUUACUGAAAAUCAGAGUUUCCAUUCUCAACAUUCUCAGCCACUAG